AAUUCUCAAUUUUCUCCACAUCUCUAUUCUCUUCUGAUCAUUACGGUAGUAACUCCUCCUCAACUUCCUCUAAUCUAGCAUUUACAUAUAUACGUACGCGAAUAUACACUUGUCGUCCAAUACUGGUGAAGAGCUAGGGUUUGAAGAGGGAGAGGGAGAAGAAAUGGAGGGAGUGGAUCACUUGGCUCACGAGAGGAACAAGUCCGAGUUCGAUGUAGAUGCUAUGAAGAUCGUUUGGGCUGGUUCUCCUCAUGCCUUCGAUGUCUCCGAUCGAAUUUCCAAGCUCGUCGCCAGCGAUCCUGGCUUCCGGAAAGAUAACAGAUCUACGCUUAGCAGGAAGGAGUUGUUCAAAAAUACUCUUAGAAAAGCAGCUUAUGCAUGGAAAACCAUCAUCGACCUCCGUCUCUCUGAAGAAGAGGCGGCUAAGUUGAGGUUUUAUGUGGAUGAACCUGCUUUCACUGAUCUCCACUGGGGAAUGUUUAUACCUGCUAUAAAAGGACAAGGCACUGAAGAGCAGCAGCAGAAAUGGUUGCCAUUGGCAUAUAAGAUGCAAAUUAUUGGCUGCUAUGCACAAACUGAACUAGGACAUGGUUCUAAUGUACAAGGUCUUGAAACCACAGCAACAUUCGAUCCCCAAACGGAUGAGUUUAUUAUUCAUAGUCCUACAUUGACCUCUAGCAAAUGGUGGCCUGGUGGACUGGGUAAAGUGGCCACACAUGCUAUUGCUUAUGCGCGCCUUAUAGUAGGGGGUCGGGAACAUGGUGUAAAUGGUUUUAUUGUCCAAUUACGGAGUUUGGAAGAUCACUCUCCUCUUCCGGGCAUAACUGUUGGGGAUAUUGGAAUGAAAUUUGGUAAUGGAGCAUACAACACCAUGGACAAUGGGGUCUUACGAUUCGAUCAUGUGCAUAUCCCCAGAAAUCAGAUGUUGAUGAGGGUUUCACAGGUCACACGUGAAGGGAAAUAUAAGCAGUCAGAUGUUCCCAGGCAGCUAGUUUAUGGUACUAUGGUGUAUGUCCGACAAACUAUUGUAGCAGAUGCUUCCUGUGCUUUAUCACGUGCAGUUUGUAUUGCUACACGGUAUAGUGCUGUUCGUAGACAGUUUGGAUCACAGAAUGGUGGACCUGAAACUCAGGUGAUUGAUUACAAAACGCAGCAAAGUAGGCUCUUUCCUUUGCUGGCAUCUGCUUAUGCUUUCAGAUUUAUUGGUGAAUGGUUGAAAUGGUUGUAUGCGGAUGUGACCCAAAGAUUGCAAGCUAAUGAUUUCUCAACAUUGCCUGAGGCUCAUGCGUGCACUGCUGGGUUGAAGUCUUUGACUACUACUGCUACUGCUGAUGGCAUCGAAGAGUGCCGAAAAUUAUGUGGCGGGCAUGGAUACCUUUGCAGCAGUGGGCUUCCAGAAUUAUUUGCUGUUUAUGUCCCUGCCUGUACAUAUGAAGGAGACAAUACCGUGCUGCUUCUACAGGUUGCAAGGUUUCUCAUGAAGACUGUUUCUCAGCUGGGGUCCAGCAAGAAACCAGUCGGUACAAUAGCUUAUAUGACUCGAGUCGAGCAUUUAAUGAAAUGUCGUUGCGGUGUUCAAAGAGCUGAGGAUUGGCUAAAGCCUAGUGCACUAUUGGAAGCAUUUGAGGCAAGAGCUGCUAGAAUGUCUGUUGCCUGUGCUCAAAAUUUAAGCAACUUUGACAACCCAGAAGAAGGCUUUGCGGAACUCUCAGCUGAUUUGGUGGAAGCAGCAGUUGCGCACUGCCAAUUAAUUGUUGUUUCCAAGUUCAUUGAGAAACUGCAGCAAGAAAUCCCUGGAAAGGAAGUCAAGCAACAGUUAGAGGUGCUCUGUAACAUUUACGCACUCUUUCUUCUUCACAAGCAUCAAGGUGAUUUUCUCUUGACUGGCUGCAUCACCCCCAAACAUGCUGCGCUUGCAAAUGAUGAGCUCAGAUCUCUCUAUUCCCAGGUUCGUCCAAACGCAAUUGCUCUUGUUGAUGCAUUUAACUACACUGACCACUACCUUGGCUCGAUCCUUGGAUGCUACGAUGGAAACGUAUAUCCGAAACUCUACGAAGCAGCAUGGAAAGAUCCUCUAAAUGAAUCGGUUGUGCCUGACGGCUACCACCAAUACAUACGGCCUUUACUAAAACAAGAGAUCCGCACUGCCAGACUCUAACAGAACUCUCUGGUUAUGAAUUUGAAUGGGAAAUGCUCAUUAUGUUCCCUAAUGCUAAUAAAGCCAAACCUAUUUGGUGACCCUCCAGAUAGCCACGGUUUGAAGUUGGCUGUUGUGAGGAUUUUUUUCCUAUGUAAAACUUAUUAAUCAUGUACUUUGGGACAAAUUAGUCUGCUUCUGUGCGUAAGAUUGACGUUGAUUUAUUGAACUGUGCGGAAUUGUUUGCCCCUGAAAGAGGGAAACAAAUUGUGUGAAUCACAACAGGAUAUGAAUAAACUUGGAGGAUUUAGCACCAA